AUGUCUUCUAUGCGCAACGCCGUUCAGCGGCGAAACCACCGCGAGCGUGGCCAGCUCGAGGGUCGUGAGAAAUGGGGUAUUCUUGAGAAGCACAAGGACUACUCGCUCCGUGCGAAAGACUACAAUGCCAAGAAGGCGAAACUCAAGCGCCUCGAGGAGAAGGCGCGUGACCGCAACCCCGAUGAGUUCAACUUUGGUAUGAUGGGCGAGAAGAACAAGGUGCAAGGACGACAUGGAAGAGGCACCGGAGGACGAGACUCGGCGGCGGCUCGUGGAUUGAGCCACGAGGCCAUCAAACUUCUCAAGACCCAAGACAAGGGCUACCUCCGUACCUCGUCGGAACGAAUUCGUCGCGAAAUCGAGCGCCUGGAGCGCGAAAUCCAACUACAGGAUGGAAUGAAUCAGACCCUUGGCAUCAAGACGCAAGACAAGCCCCCACGCGAAGAGGACGACGACGAUGAGUUUGGAGGGUUUGAUGACCUGGAUGACCUCGAUUUUGACGAGACUCCGCAAAAGAAGAAAUCACGCAAAGUGAUCUUUGCCGAUGAUCGCGGGGAGCAGCGGACUAUGAAGAACAAGCGUGUGCAGGAUGAAGAUGCCAUGGAGGAGGAAUCGGAAGAAGAAGCCGCCAAGGAGACCGUUCGAAAGACUCCCAAGCAGCUCGCCGCCGAACGGCAAGCCUUGGUGGAAGCUCGUCGUGCCCGCAAACUCCGAAAGCGGGCCGUUGAGUCUCGUCAGAACAAGCUCACUGCGCUGCGCAAACAGUUCGCUGCCAUUCAAGCCGCUGAGAAGGAGACCGACUGGCAGCGGGCCAAGAUGGACAACUCAGUUGGAGGUACAAACAAGAACGGCGUCAAGUGGAAAAUUCGCGAGCGCAAGCGCUAG